UGAGGCCUGAGGGAAUUAGGGUUUAGGAUCUAAAUCUCCGCGACCCUCCUUUGCUUUCCGCUCCUCUCAACACAUCGCCUUCUUUGUGUUCGUAUUUUAUUGGUAGUCUCUCUCGCUCACUCACACACACACACACACACACACACUCUCUCUCGGUCUCGCUUCUGUGUCUGUGCGUUUAAACGAUCUAAAGUUGCGUCUUCCCCACCUCCCAUCCGCUCUCCCUUUCUCUCUUGCUCGCGUGCGUUCGUUCUUCUUUCUUCCAUUCUCGCCCACACUGACGCGCGCGCACAGGGGACGACAGUGAAUCAAGAGAGGAGAGAGCCCCACGCCAGUCUUCCAGCCAAGUAUGCAGCGGCCCCCUGCACGUGUUCCCCCUCGCAAACCCUAACUAGGUUCUCUCUCUCUCUCUCUCUCUUCCUCUUAUUAUUUCUUCGGAUUUUUUUUUACGAAAAAUCUCAUAAAGAAAUAUAUAGAGUUCGAGAGGAAAAGAGAGAGAGAGAAAAAAAAAAGGAAAAGGAAAUAAUUGCUGUGGAUUUAUAGGGGAGAUUAGAGAACAGUAAAGGAAGAUAUGGAAAAAAGUGAGCAUGGUAGGCAUGGAGGAGGAGGAGGAGGAGGAGGAGGAGGUAGAGGGGGAAGAGUUCCAACAAAUAGCAACAGCAGCAGUGGAACCAGCAGCAGUAGAAGCACUUCGGAACACCACCAGCAACAGCACUACUUUGGCCAUCAUCACCAACAGCAGCAGCAAGGAAGCAACAGCAGGCCGUCGACGCUCGACAAGGUCGCCUUCGAGAGCCGCGGCUCCGUAGCCCCCUUCAUGGGCUCCAUCAUCCACCACGGUGCGUCUGGCCGAGGCGUCGUCGACGCCUCCCUGGCCAUCUCCACCGCCAAACCUGACCCCGGCGGGGCCGUUGGCCCCUCCUCCUCCUCUCCCGCUGCCGAGGCGUCCAAGAAACUCGCAGUCGCUGGCACCCCGGCCAAAAGAUCCUCCAAGGACCGUCACACUAAGGUCGACGGCCGCGGCCGCCGGAUCCGCAUGCCGGCUAUCUGCGCCGCGCGUGUGUUUCAGCUGACGCGGGAGCUCGGGCACAAGACCGACGGCGAGACCAUCGAGUGGCUGCUGCAGCAGGCCGAGCCGGCAAUCAUAGCUGCCACUGGUACCGGUACGAUCCCAGCCAACUUCUCCACGCUCAACAUCUCGCUGAGGAGUAGCGGCUCCUCCUUCUCCGCCCCGGCCUCCAAGUCCGCCCCGCUCUCCUUUCACGCGCUCGCCCUCGCCCACCACCGCCCCGACUUCGAGCUGGUGACAGACCCUGGUGCUGCCGCAAUGCUCGGCUUCCACCAGCUCCACCAUCAUCCCCACCAGCACCAGCUCCUGUCCGCCGACCAGAUCGGGGAAGGCUUACAAGGCGGAGUCGGCAGUGGCGGUGGCGACUCCACCGACACCUAUUUGAGGAAACGAUUUAGAGGAGAUCUCUUCAAAGACGAGCAACAGACUCCUCCCCAGCAUCAGGAAGGAGGCGGAGGGGCCGGCCCCUCGUCGCCGUCGUCGGUCUCCAAGUCCAUGAGGGCGGGCAGCGGGCUCCAAUUGCAGCAGCGAUCACAGCAACAAGACGCAGCAGCUGCAGGACUGACGAGGCCGCCAGGGAUCCUCCCUGCGGCGGCAAUGUGGGCAGUUGCCCCGAACAGCGCAGCUGGCGGAGCGUUCUGGAUGCUUCCCAUGUCCGCAGGGUCAGCCGCGCCGGCAGUGGCCGCGGCCACCGGGUCCUCAGAGCCGUCCAUCUGGACGUUCCCGGCCAUGGCCGGGCAGUACCGCGGCGGGAUCAGCGGCGGCAGCACCAUCCAAGCGCCACUCCAAUUCAUGUCACGAGUAAACUUACCUGGUGCCGCCGACUUCCAAGGUGGCCGUGCUCUGCCGCUGGGAUCGAUGGUGCUGCAGCAGCCCACGAGCGGCGUGGCGGCUCAGCAUCUCGGCCUGGGAACGUCCGAGACUAACCUGGGCAUGCUUGCGGCGCUCAACGCGUAUAAUAGAGGAGGUGGCCUGAGCAUGAAUUCUGAGCACCACCACCCAAUGGAUCACCAUCACCAAGCCCACACCCAUCAGCAACAGCAAAGCGCAGACAGUGACGAGGACAACCACACCAGUUCACAGUAGAGGCGAGGAGAAUUCGCAUUUGCGUCAUCCCACCGUGUUCAGUAAGAUCCUAAGCAUGCAUGGUAGAAACAAACAAUCCAAUUGGAGCUUCGAAUCCAGGAAACGGAGACUGUCCCUCCCCCUUUUCCUUCUUCUUCUUCUUAUUCUUCUUCUUCUUCUUCUCUUUUGACUUGCAGAAGGUGAGCUUGGCGUGCAAAAAAGAACCCUUUAAAUUAAUGGACAGUGUUCUUUCAGCUUGUGAAAGAAUACUUCCAUCGCUUCUCUUUCUUUUAUUUUUGUUCUAUUCUGCUUGAGUGUUGUGAUUUUAAGAACCUGAUUUGUGGGUCCAAAUGGGCCGCAAGAGUGGGGAACAAAGAU